UACUGGACAACGACUUGUUAAUGUGUUGUUAGAUUGUUAUUUUGCAUGCUGACACAAAGGAAAAAAAAGAGAGAAUUUUUUGUUGAACUAACCCUUUCAUUUUUAUUUGUGAUGGAAAAUGAUUGCUUCAGAACAUUCUGAUUUUUGUUUUUGGAUUUAAUGCCUUUAGAGAAAACAUUAAAAUUAUGUUUUGCUUUUUUCUGUCAAGAGUUUUCACCUACAAGAACCUCAACCCCCAGCACAUGCACUGACACACUUUCACUCUCUUCAACUGACCAUGACGAGACCCAGAGUGCAGUGGAAAAUCAAACGGCAAAGGGCAGCAUAGACGCUGAAAAGGCAAAACGGACUGUCCAAGAUGCACUGGAAAAAAAAUCAGGUGGUGAGGAAGUGCUUGAAGAAUACCAGACAGCAAAAACUUUAAAGCACAGCACCAGACGUCAGCUUGUUAAUAUUGUUGUCAGUCACAUGACAGAAAUUCAUGGGAGGAUCCCCACCCGCAAAUAGCGGGAAACUUAUGCUUUGGGCAUUAUUUCUCUCUUUCCUAGCCUGAAAGACCCAUUUUCAGCAAAGGGCUAUGAGCAUUUCUACGAUCCGGAAAAGGGAACAGGGUUCAUCUCCUGGCGCCUUAAAACGUUGUCGAGGAAAAACCCAAAACGUGUUCGCUUAGAGAUGACUGAAAGUGGAGGACCAAGUCGACGAAGGAGGAUAGAUGAUGUCCAACAACUUGAAGGAGAUGCAUGCAGAGAGGCAAUUUCUUUCCUUGUCCACACAGCUGAUGAAACUGAAGUAAUGCAGAAGAUGAAGGAAACUUUUAAGCAUCGACAAGAACUUGUCCAUAAUCCUGACCGAUCAGCUGACGUCCUUGAUGUGUUCCCAAGAUAUUUGGAUGUAAAAGGAUUGAUAAAUCAGGACUUUGGUCUGCUGUUCAAUGCUGAAACAUCCAACAAGUUUCUUAAGAGGUGGGAGACUGCAUUCAAGCAAAAGAUCAUCAAUGAAGCCAAGUCUCUUACUUCAAUGGCAGAAAUUCGGUGUCUUCUCAAUGCAGCUGGUGGACAAGGAUCGGAAAAUGAUUGGGACAGUGACAUGUCAUCUGUCCUGCUGCUGUUGCAUCUCCUGCCUCCUCCUCCAGGGAGGAAGAAGACCAAGAUCAGUCCAACAGAGGCUGUUUGACAGACUUGUGAAUUUUCGUAAGUCCUGCAACAGUAUUGAAGGCCAUCUCAGUGGGAGGGAGGGCCACCAGCCAUUUCUACUGGGAUCAGGAAGGAUCAAGGGCAGGAUCGACCACUUUUAUGUUGUUGUGGACAAGCGCCUUAUCCCUUGCUCUGGAAGCAGCUCCUUAAGUGCCUUUGAUGAACUUUUCAAGUUCACUAUGUCUUCAACUUGUCCUACGAGGAAGCACUGGUCAACUUCUUUACCUUCCUGCAGACCACAGUUUACAACAUAGACGUUGGUCUUUCAAGUGAGUCUCCCAGAGUAAGGGAACUGCGUGCAAAGCUUUUAAAUUAGUUUAAAUGUUAAAGUGUUUCCUCUGUAAAAGUUUGCAUGCAAACAGCCACUCAUUGAUAGCUCAUUUAAGAGUCGCACACAGUUUCUAUCCUUCGCUUAAGUUUAAGUUGUUGUGUGCGCAGAGUGGCUGUAGUCGACAGUUUUGCUCAUAUUCUGGGUUUCGAAAGCAUUUAAAACGUUUUCAUGCUGUUGAUGGCAGUCCUGCUUUUGAUUUGUCAUCAGGUGAACAGUCAUCUCAAAAUGUUUAUAAUAAUCAGCCAGGUUCUUUGUUUGUUGGAGAAAGUGAUCCCCAAGUUGCUCUCACUGAGAAUGAAAGCUUUUCCAGGAGAGAGACGGCAGAUAUAUGUGCCUCAAUUGUAGCCAAAUUACAGUGCAGUGGAGUAGCCAAUAGCUUAGUAUCAUCAGUUGUUUCAGACCUUGAGGACCUCACUACAGAAAUGCAAACCCAAACUCGUCAAGAUGUGAUUUCUGUCAUUCCUCCUAAUAACCCUGUCAGAUCAGCUGUCAAAGAAAGUUUAGCUCAUUUUGAGAGUCCCUUUUCCAUGUUUAACACCAAAACAAAAAUAACUAAUUAUUUCAAUGACAAAUGGGGUGUUGUGGAACCAGUUGAAAUUGUGCUUGGCAUGAGAUACGAUAUGAGGAGAAACAAAAAAACUGGAUUUUAUGAUCAGGUCCCAGUAAAAGAUACAUAUGUGUAUGUCCCAAUUUUGGAAACUUUAAAAUGUAUGUGUCGAAAUGUAAAUGUAUGUACUCUGCUGACAGAAUUAACAGGAAGGCAGAAAUCACAUUUUGAGGACUUUUGUGAUGGAAGUUACUUCCAGAGUCAUCCAUUAUUCUCUAAACAUCCCAGUGCUUUACAAAUUCAGGUGUACUACGAUGACUUUGAAACCGCAAACCCUCUUGGUUCAAAACGUGGAGUACACAAGGUUGGUGCUCUUUAUUUUGUGCUUCGAAAUCUACCUCCCAAAUUUAAUUCAAGACUGAUGAAUAUCCAUUUGAUUGCUUUAUUUCAUGCGCAAGAUGUAAAAAAGUAUGGAUUUGACCCCAUCCUGGAACCGUUGAUUUGUGACAUAAAGAUCCUAGAGACAGAUGGAAUUGAACUACCCAUAUCAACGAGUAGAGUUUAUGGCACAAUAUGCCAAGUAAUUGGAGACAACUUGGGGAUGCACUCAAUACUUGGGUUCACAGAAUCAUUUAGUGGACAUUACUCCUGUCGUCUAUGUUUAACUGAAAAGGCUGAUAUCCAGUUGGUUUACAGUGAGGAUGAUGUUAAAGUUAUUUUGCGUGCUCGUUCAAUUUAUGAACAGCACUGCAGCGAGUUAGAAUCUGACCCUCAACUCAAGUCAACACAUGGCCUCAAAAGAACCUCGACACUCAAUAGUCUCCAGUAUUUUCAUGUGUGCCACAACUACUCUCUAGAUGUGAUGCAUGAUCUCCUAGAAGGAGUUGUACAAUUUGAAAUGAAACUACUGUUUGAGUAUCUUUCGGAACAUUUUGUUACACGCAGUGAAUUGCUCUCCAGAAUAUAUUCGUAUGAUUAUGGAUAUUUGGAGAGAAACAAUCGUCCCACAAAGGUUAAUCUAGAGCACAGUGGAAAUAGCAUAGGGCUCAAUUCUAUUCAGUCACUCUGUCUUGUCAGAAACAUUCCGUUGCUGUUUGGUGAUAUCGUAGGGAUAGGUGAUAAAAAUUGGCAUUUGCUCCUUCUCUUACUUCAAAUUCUAAAUCUGGUGUUUUCCCCUUGUUUUUCUAAAGGCAUGACUGUCCUCCUGAAGCAUUUAACAAUUGAGCACCAUGAGUUAUUUAAAGAGUUGUAUCCACAAAAAAAGUUGCUGCCCAAACACCAUUUUAUGGUGCAUUAUCCAGCCUGUAUUCGCAAAAUUGGACCGUUAGUCCACAUGUGGAGCAUGAGGUUCGAGGCUAAGCAUAAAGUUUUUAAAAAUACACUAAAGAAUUUCAAAAACAUCACCAAAUCUCUGGCAAAAAGUAAUCAGAUGUCAAUUGGCUAUCUUUGGGAAACGACACCAUUCAGUCAAGUUUAGUGUGGACCAAUGAAAACAUUUUGUUGGAAUGAUGUUGAAGAUGGUGACAAGUUGGCAGGAAUGCAACAUAAUCCAACACAAACAAGCAUGCUUUCCAUGAGCUGGGUUAAACUAGAUGGGACAGAAUAUAGACCAGACCUCAUUGUAUGCAAUGAAAUUGAGAAUUAAAUUCCUGUUUUCAGUCAGAUUCAAAAAAUACUCUUCAUUGACAGCACUGUGUAUUUUAUUGUCGACAAACUUUUCACAGAACAUUUUUCAGAACAUCAUCAUGCAUUUAAAGUAGAGAGAUACUGUGAGUUGGGUGAACUUGUAAAAGCCAACAGCUUGAAGUUCUACAGGACUUUUGAUCUGCAAUGUACAUAUGGGUCAGAUGAUGGGGAGUAUAUUAUACCUUCCUUUGUGUAUUUGGUGUAAUUGUUUCAACUGUUGUUGAAAAUAAAAUUUCAAACAGUGUUUUGACUUAUUUAAUUGAAUGCACAUUGCACACAUGUAUUUUUAGGCAA